CGCUUGUAUACUGAUAGAUUUCAAGAUGGCGAUUGCCACGAAAUGGCGGACGUUAGUCGCCAUGUUUGUUCUGUCGCUUUGUGUGAAUAGAGUGACGCCUUCGGCGGAGAUUAUGAAGAAAUUGACUACUGGGUUUGCAACGGCGCUUGAUAAGUGUAAGACUGAGCUAAACGUCCAAGAGAACGUAAUGCAAGAUUUAUACAACUUCUGGCGAGAAGAUUAUGAGCUGCUGAACCGUGACACUGGCUGCCUCAUCCUCUGCAUGGCCUUGAAGUUCGACCUCAUUGACGAGGAUGCCAAGCUGCAUCAUAAGAAUGCUCAUGAGUUUGCCAAGACUCAUGGUGCUGAUGAUGAACUGGCCAAGCAGCUAGUUUCCAUGAUCCACGAAUGCGAGAAAGCCAACACGGAAGCCGAUGACUGCAUCCGGACCCUGGGCAUCGCCAAGUGCUUCAGAACCAAGAUCCAUGGGCUCAAGUGGGCACCGAGCAUGGAAACAGUGCUGGAGGAGGUUAUGACAGAAGUGAAACCGUCGUAGUUAGUAAUAUAAAAGAUCUUGAUCAAGUACCAAUAGGCUAAGAAUAAAUUUAAAAGUGAAAAAUGUCUGCCUUGGAUGAGACAUGAACUCACAGCCUUUGGAGCGGCAUCGAUUGUAGAUGUUUCUGCUAAUCAGAAA